GCCAAGUCUCAGAGGUCCUGAAAUAGUCACCAUGGGGGAAAAUGACCCACCCGCGGCUGAGGCCCCCUUCUCCUUCAGAUCGCUUUUUGGACUUGACGAUUUGAAAAUAAGUCCUGUAGCACCAGAUGCGGACGCGGUCGCGGCACAGAUACUGUCCCUCCUGCCGUUGAAGUUCUUUCCAAUCAUCGUCAUCGGGAUCAUUGCACUGAUAUUAGCACUGGCCAUUGGUCUGGGCAUCCACUUCGAUUGUUCCGGAAAGUACAGGUGUCGCUCCUCUUUCAAGUGUAUUGAACUGACAGCUCGAUGUGACGGGGUCUCGGACUGCAGGGAUGGGGAGGACGAGUACCGCUGCGUCCGCGUGAGCGGCCGGAACGCGGUGCUGCAGGUCUUCACGGCUGCCGCCUGGAGGACCGUGUGCUCUGACGACUGGAGGGGUCACCACGCUAACGUCGCCUGUGCCCAGCUGGGGUUUCCAAGCCUGGAAGCCAGCAUCUCAGGGGACCUUCCAGAACUUUCCACGUCCUUGAAGGACUUCAGGAAGUCUCCCGUGCUGGAGUCGGUGUGUUAG